AUGGUUCAUCAUAUCCACAUCGCCGUCCUAGACGUCGAUAUUCCAGCCCGUAAGCUAUACGAGGCUAGAGGACUCUGCAGUGCCCACUUCCGAACCAUCCUCCGCGAGACCGCAUCACGCCUGAACGAGACUUUGUUCUCUGAGAAAGAGCAACUCGAAGUCAAGAUCACGCCAUAUGAUAUCCGAGGAGGCCAUUAUCCCGACCUAUACAAGCUCCGCGGCCAUGCAGGCGAGGACCAAAUACCCGUGCAAUCCCCAGUGGAUGCAGUCUUGAUCACCGGGGGUUCGCCCGGCGUAUACGAAAUGGACCAUUCACCAUGGAUGCAAGAACUCGAGAAAUUCGUCAAAACUGUCUACAACCAAUACCCAGAAGUCCGUAUUCUCGGCACCUGUUUCGGCCACCAACUUAUUUCCCACGCUCUCGUCCGCAACGUGGAAGACCCGGUCCGCGAUGUCUGGGUUGAGAAAUGCCCUCUCGGUCGUGAAGUCGGAAUUUAUACUGUUCAAUUGGAAAAUGCGUUUGUCAAGUCGUUCCCAGCUGCGCUCGGUGAUCUUCCCGAGGGACGCUUGCGCAUUCAGAUGUUCCAUGGCGAUCGUGUGAUGGCGGUUGAGAAGGGAGCUGCUGUUACGCUUACUGACUCGCAUCCCGUUUCGCUGCCCGCGCCCUGGAUUAACAUUGGAAGUACACCAAUUUGCCCUAUCCAGGGACUUUACCACCCCGGCAGAGUACUGUCUGUGCAGGGUCAUUAUGAAAUGGAUGUCUUUGGCAUGACUAAGAUGUGCUUGGAAUCUGCACCUGUGAUGGGAUGGAAGGAAUCGAAGUUGGCGUUGUUCUUGGAGCAAGUUGGUGAUGAUCGCGAGGAAUGUCAGGAUGAUUCCAAGGCCUUUGCCUCUGCUGUGGUGUCUUUCUUGGCUGGCUUUGAACAAUGA